AUGGAGUCGACCCAACCGCCUUUGUCAGCUUCUCAGCAUUCCCCUGUCACAGAGUUGCCGUCUGUCCACGAGGAUCCUUCGCAGGCGGACCACUCGCGUUUGAAACCCGGAGCUCAGUUGACCUUGAUGCGAUAUCUACAGGACCUUCCAGACGCCGAAGUCCCCCACACGGAUCCUGUGCCGCCUCGUUUCCAUACGGGCCGCCUUCCUAACAGCAAAGCUGGCGAUGGAAAGCCACGGCUGUUGCUCAUGGGCCAGCGAAGGAGUGGCAAGUCGUCAAUAUCCAGCGUAGUCUUCCACAAGCUGCCGCCUAGCGAGACAUUGUAUCUCGAGACAACCACUCGGAUCAAGAAAGAAUCCAUGCACUCGUUUAUGGAUUUCCAGGUGUGGGAUUUUCCCGGCCACCUGGACUACUUUGAUCCAGCCUUCGAUGUGGACAAUAUAUUUGAGGAGAUCGGAGCGCUCAUAUGGGUCAUUGACGCUCAAGAUGAGUAUCUCGAAGCUAUCAUGCGUCUCAACACCACCAUACUCAACCUACAGCAUUCUUACCCGAACAUCAACGUGGAAGUCUUCGUGCACAAGGUCGACGGUCUUUCAGAAGAUUAUAAGGGCGACACGUUCCGCGACAUUAUCCAGCGCGUUCAAGAUGAGCUCUCAGAUCACGGAUAUGAAAACGCGCCCGUCUCCUUCUAUCAGACCAGCAUCUAUGACCAUUCCAUCUUCGAAGCUUUCUCAAAAGUAAUCCAAAAGCUGAUUCCACAGCUCCCCACACUCGAAGCACUUCUCAACAGCCUGUGCAGCACGUGCCACAUCGAAAAGGCAUACCUAUUCGACAUCAUGAGCAAGAUCUACAUCGCAACCGACACAAGCCCCACGGACAUCGGAAGCUAUGAGAUCUGCUCUGACUACAUCGAUGUCGUUAUAGAUGUUAGUGAGAUCUAUGGCUGGCCACGCGGUGAGCAAAAUGGUGAUGAUGAAAGCCUCACCGAGACAGGCAACAAUGACGCCGAGAGCCUAAUUACAAUGGAGAGGAAGGGCAAUAACUAUCUCUAUCUCAGGGAGAUCAACAAAUAUCUCGCCUUGAUCUGCCUCAUGGGUGAUGACAGCCCCGCAGAGAAGAAGGCCGUCAUAGACUACAACGUGGGCGUUUUCCAGGCGGCGCUCAAACAAGUCUUCCCUCGCGCCGAGAGAGACGCUGUAGAAGCGCCAGCCGCCUGA